AUGCGCUGGGAUUGGGAAUAUCCACUUCCUCUGAGAACACAACAAAAUCACACUCCUCACCAUGGAGAUAAAACGGAAGAAUUAUUAGGAGACAAUACAAAAUUUAAACUCGUUGAUAAUGAUCCAACAAUAACAAAUGAAGAUCAAUUAAUACGUCUAUUAUCAAGAUUGAAAAAAGACAAUUUCAUCACAGAAGCUGAAUAUAAAGUAGCAAAACCAAGUGGUUCACGAUUAGCUCGUUUAUAUGGUCUACCAAAGCUUCAUAAAGAAAAUUGUCCAUUAAGACCAGUUAUGUCUGCAAUAAAAACAGUAAAUUAUGGCCUUGGAAAAAAUGCUCACUAG